AAAAAUCACAGCUUGUCGUGUUCCUGAGAAACCACUAAUCAUAAUCUCCUCUGUCCUGAAGAUCAGAAAACUCUGUUGCAGCUUUACCUCUGACUGUUACAAAGUGUUGAAACUGGAGACUCCUUCCAUAGAACAAAUAAAAGUCCCUGUGCGAGUUGUUACUAUAGAAACUAUUAGAAUGAACGGAUUAAUCUAAACUUGUGAUUUGCUUUGCAGUCAGAACUACAGUCAGGGCUGCUGUUAUAGAAAAACAAUCAACACCUUCGGACCAAAUCAAACACAAUGAAACCCCUUUAAGGCUGUGAUGAUGUCCUUUACAUGUGCUCCUUGUCCAUCGGCAGGUUCAAGUAGCAUGUCGUCACUGAACACAAAAGGUUCCAUCUCAUUGUCAGUCGGACUUUGGAACUGUCAAUCUGCUGUCAACAAGGCAGAUUUCAUUUCUGCAUUUGCAAACCACUCCAAUCUCAGCGUGCUGGCUCUGACUGAGACCUGGAUCCAUGCUGAGAACGCUGCCACACCCGCUGCCCUGGCCUCCAACUUCAACUUCUCCCAUACCUCACGCCCCAACAGACGAGGGGGUGGUACAGGUUUGCUUCUCUCCAAAACAUGGAAAUUUACCUGCCUUUCUCCCUCUUGCUCAUACACGUCCUUUGAAUUUCAUGCUUUUACAGUCACUGACCCUGCCAAAAUGCACUUUCUUGUUGUUUACCGUCCUCCAGGUCAACUGGGGAAGUUCAUCGAUGAAUUUGACACGCUACUGUCCACCAUCCCAGAUGAUGGAACUCCUCUUCUGGUCCUUGGUGAUUUCAACAUUCAUCUAGACAAGCCACAUGCAGCUGACUUUCUUGCUCUCCUUCCCACAUUCGACCUCAAGCAGUUCACCACACCAGCACCCCACAAAGCCGAACAACCUCCUGAACACCAAGCAGUCUGGCUUCAAGAGCAACCACUCCACGGAGACUGCUCUGCUUUCCGUCACUGAAGCCUUACGACUAGCAAGAGCAACCUCUAGAUCAUCUGUCCUCAUCCUACUUGACCUCUCUGCUGCUUUUGACACUGUGAACCAUCAGAUCCUCCUGUCGACUCUCUCCAGCCUGGGCAUCACUGGAACGGUUCUGCGCUGGGUGGAAUCCUAUCUCUGUGACAGAUCCUUCAAGGUAUCAUGGAGGGGAGGUAUUUCUGAAACUCAGCAACUCACAACUGGCGUUCCACAGGGCCUGACGAUCCAUCCGUCUCUGCACGCAUCUCUGCUUGCCUUUCGGACAUCUCGGUCUGGAUGAAGGAAAACCAUCUUAAGCUUAACCUGGCAAAAUCUGAGCUUCUCGUGAU